ACAGCUCCAAAAUGCCAGAGGUGGGCUGUGAACCUGGGUUCCUGCAAUUGUAGAGCCCAGGGGUUCGCCCAUAUCCCAUGUGACCCUCGGUCCCCCCUUGGCUUCUCCUCUCGGCUCUGUCCCUGGCAGCCUGCUCUCCCUCUUCCAGAACACCCUCCCCGCACCUGGCCUUCAGGCCCCCUCCUCUGGCCACCCUCCACCGUCCUCCUCCCAGAGAAGGGGCCCAACCGGAAGGCCAGUUCAUGUUAGGAAAUUCCAGCCACGUGAGCCAACCCAAGCCCGGGAUUCUGAGCAGCCGGUGGCUUUAGGAGAAACUGAAACUUGGCUCACUGGGGGCGGGGUGGUCACUGGGGAUUUAAAGAGCUGCCACUUCCUUGGGCCCCCAGAGGGCACGGGGAGGUCACAGCAGCCGAGGGCCGCCCUGAACCGGGUGUGAGCCUCUGUUUUCCCUCCAAACAUGCACCUCUGCAGAGGCGACGAGCUGCUGACUGGGAUGGACUCUGAGGAGCAUCAGAGACAGCUGAAGAAGAAACAGAAGAACCGGGCGGCCGCCCAGAGAAGCCGGCAGAAGCACACGAACAAAGCGGAUGCCCUGCACCAGCAUGAGUCACUGGAGAAACACAACCACGCCCUUCGGAAGGAGAUCCAGGCCCUUCAGGCCGAGCUGGCGUGGUGGAGUCGGACCCUGCACAUGCAUGAGCGCCUGUGCCAGAUGGACUGUGCCUCCUGCUUGGCUCCAGUGCCCCCUGGCUGCUGGGGCCAGGCUGAGCGGCCCCCAGGCCCUGUGCCCCACGGACGACAUGGCUGCCGGGAGCCAAUCUCCUCUCCUGCGGCUCCGCAGUUCUCUCCAGAUCCACAGCCUCAUGGUUCCCUGGGCCUCCUCCUGUCCCCUCUGCCCUCACUGUCCCUUGGUUCUGCUGCGGUCACAGCAUCUUCUGCCCAACUGUCCCCUAGCCCAUUCCAGUGUGCCUCGCCCACUGGCUCCGGCCUUCUGAGACCUUCCUCUAAGCUCAACGAUGCUCUCCUGCCUGGCCCCCCAGCCCGGCCUUCCCCUCCACAGCCCCUCGGGCUGGAGCAUCCCACCAGGGGGAAGCCGGGGUCCUCAACCCAGAGCCCCUCAGCUGCUCUGGGGCUGGCCUACCUGCAGGGCAGCGAGCAAAGGCCUGCUUCCUCAGCAGCAGAUUGGCAAGGGCUGGGCGUGUGUCCCAGCUCCCACUCCCUCCUGGCCUUCCCCCUGCUCUCCUCUGCUCAAGUCCACUUCUAAUCUGGGCCCCAGAGCUGGGCUGGCCCCUUUCUUGGACUCAGGAAGCAGCCUCAGCCCAUGGGCAUCUGCACUGUUGCCACGGGAGGCUGCCUUUCUUGGCUGAGCAGCUGAACCAAGAUGUCACCAGGGCAAGGAAGCAGUCACUGCGUGCCCACCACUCUGCCAGGCCCUGUCACCGCUAUUUCUUAUUUCAAGCUCAUGGUCAUCCUGCAGACGACAGAGUAUCACUCGACUUUUUCAGGCAUGGGAAAGAGACAGAGGCUCAGAGAAGCCAGGUGAUUUGUCCAAGGUCACACAGCCUUUCUUGGGACUGAAACACGAUGUGUUCCUCCUUCUCCAGCGGAAUCCUAGCCCAGGCAGCCGAGGGGUCGAAGUCUUAGAAACUGAGGGCUGGUGUGUGAGAUUUAAGUGCCGAGCAUGGGGAGGGGCUCUCCUCUCUGCUUUGUGACUCCCGGGGCCACAGAGCCCUGCAGUGUCUGAAAUCCUCUCCCCACUAGGGCUGGUCCAGAGUCCAAGUCUGGGUGCGGAGGGGCCAAGCAGGAGCUGGGAAGUGUAUUCUUUCUGCCUCUAGUGGUGUUUUCAAUGCCAAAGAACUCUGAAUCUGUGGGCUUGAGCUGGGGACAAGCCUGGAACAGUCCCCCCUGGGUUUCUACGGAUUGAAUACCUACAGCCAGACCGUGACCUUGGGGAAAUUCUGCAGGGUCAGCUCUUCAGGCUCUUCCCAAAUAGUUCCCUGCCUCCUGUUUUCCCCAGGGCCAUGGUGGGUGGACCUCUGAGCGCAUUCGUGUCCUGUACAAAAGCCAAGAGGAAUGAAUGAGGGAAAGAUCAGGUGCAAGGUUAUGUUUAAGCGCGUUUUAGACUUGAACCUGGCAGCAGUGACGACUGUGUCUUCUCCAGUACCACUCCCAUCCCUGAGCAGGCCCCAGACCCCCGUUACCCUUGGGCCCCUCGGAGCAGGGCUCCUCCUCGCUCUUUGGCCUGAUGGCAGCUGGAAGACCAGAAGCCAGGGACUAAAUGGGGGCUCAGCUGUAGCACCUGCUUGGGGGCUGGGGGUGGCAGGUUCUCAUUCAGACUCAGGACAAGCAUUGUAAGGUGCCUGAGGUGAGAAACCCCAUCUCCUCGUCCAGAUUUUCACACACAUGUAAGAAGACACUAUGCUAGUAUUUGACACUCCAGGAUGCCGAGAACAAAUCUCGGCACCUCUGUUAUGGUAAAUAAAUUAAAGUGUUUUCCAAUUC